UGUCGGCGUCUGUUCAGUCUCUUCAGGGCAAGAGUUCAGCACUUUUACUGUGCCGCUGCUCUUCGGGAAUGCGGGGAAUCUCCGAGCUUUUUUUAACGCCGUAAAGUUUUCGGAAAGAGUCUGGGGUGACUAACAAUGCUAAAAUGGGGCUUUAGAGUUUUUUGCAAAACUUUCUAAUCGGUCUCCUCAUGUCCAGAACUAGAACUGACAUCAGCCUUUGAAGUUCCAGAUGGGAAGACUCCUGUAAGACAUUCAGGUUGAUCACAAUGGUGCUCCGUAAAGUCCAAAGCUGACAUCAUAUCUAACAAUGUGAGAGGAUGGACAACGUAGCCAGCUCCGUGUCUGAAUGUAGCGAUUCCAAUGGCUACGUCAACAAAGUCUUCAAUGUCUCCCUGGACAUGGAGAGCGAAACGGGGAUUGUGCGAAUCCGGGAAUCCAAAUUUGAGGAUCCUGCUGCCUGUCAGACGCCCAUCAGAGAGAAGCAGGAGCCCAGCCGGGGGCCCAAGACUGCUGGCAUUUGGAGGAUCCUUAAUCGCCGGAGGGUUGCCUCUGACAAUGAGAGGAGGCCUCACUCCAUGAUCCUUCCAGGGGAAGCGUCCAUCCCCAAGCUGUCAUUUGCUGACAAGGUAAGGGGUUUCAAAAAGUUGAAGUCCCCCUCUGUCUUCAGAGGGAAAACUGGUAAGCUCUCCAGUGCUAAGUUCCACAGUGGGCUUAAAGAUGAGCCAAAUGAAGACAGCAGGGACUCUCCUGCUUUGCUGCACUCACAGAGGAACAUACUCAGGAAUAAAGGCAAGAGACAUUCAUAUGCUGGCUACACUACUGAGUUUGACUGCUCUUUUGAGGACAUAGACCUUUCUGCCACACUUGAGAAUGAUCAGUUACCUAGCCAUCAGAAUGGUUGUAAGACUGUGGAAAGAGUCACAUACACAAAGAAAGCCCACUCCAACUUUUCCAACUGCAACAACUCCUCUGUGACGGUCCAUGAGGAGCGUCACGCGAAGGAUAGCCCCAAGGUACCUCAAGGAGGAAGACGCUCAAAGGGGGGUGAUGUUUGGAAUUACUUGAGGAGAAUUUCCUUUAUAGGAAAGGGAAGUUCAACUUUGUUGGAAAAGAGUUUUGAUUCCAUGCAUACACUGGACAAAACAAUUGACUCUGACUAUGGAUCUGUUGACUUAGAAUGUAUCAAAGACUUUAAUCGUGCACCUAAACAAACAGGCCCCGAUGUCAAGGGUGGUCAUUUUGGAGGCCUCUUUAGGUUCUUUAACAAUGUAGCUGAAACUGCCCGGAAAUGGAGGAACUCAUCCAAGUCCUUCUCACCUCCUGAAGGAGAACGCUCCCCGGUUGGCUCACCGAGAACGCAGCGGAUCGGAAUAAAGAGCGAAGAUAAGGCUGAGGCCUCAGCUUUUGCUAAGUCUGCUGCCUCUUCUGACAUUUGUGAGGUGAUUUCACCUGUUGAAGCUGUGAGUAGAUCACCUCGCGUGGUGCUAAAAUCCUGGAAAGCAUGCCCAGACUCAUCAAGUGCCAAUGGAUUCCAAGGCAGUGUCUCAGAUGGGACAGAAUCCCAGCUAACCUCCACUCACACCUCUCUGGCCACCAUUGAGAAUCACCAGAGAAGUGAUGGCCCAGAGGGGAGCUCCCUGUCUGAGCCCGAGCUUCAGUUCGACCUCUUGGCACAUGAGCAGAGCGAAGCUGGAUCUGAGGCUUCUGCCACUACAGACAAAAUCAAAGACCUGGGCAGUCAAAUGAAUGGUGAAAAAAGAGAUAUUUGUAGCAAUAGAGAGAUAGUUUCGGACUGCCCAGAUGAAAUAUUUAAGGCCUCGGCAGGUGGCUGUUGCUUGGGUGAGGGAAGUCCAAGACGCUUCAGAACCUCUGGAGCAAUGAGGGUUCCCCCUCCAAAAAGACCCCGGCUGCGGCCUGCGUCGGUGUGUGUGGCUGGGCCAAGUUUGCAGUGUCCCACCAUAAUGGAGGGGGUUCUUUCCUCCGGAGAGAAGGAGCAGUGUCACCCGUGGGGGUGGCAAGGUUGCUCCGGUAUGUCUCAGCUGCCAGUUCCGAGGAGGCCCCGUCCUCUCAGGAGGCCACAGUCUGUCAUAGAGGGACAAGUACUCGUCCAGCCCAACUCACUGCAAGCACAGCGAGCCCUUUCUCGCCCUCCUGGCGUGUCCCCCCGAGACCCUCCUUUUAAGGUGGUGCUCCAGAGAUGUCGCUCACUGCCUCUUCCCCAGACAUCCUUGCCUGGACUGGAAGCACCCGGCCUGCCAGAGCUGCUAACUCAACCAGCCGGAUGUGUCCCUCAGUCAGCCACUGUCCGGCUACGGAAUGGCAGCACAAGGUCCAGUCGAAGGAAACUGCUCAGGCCUGGUUCUGGACCUCUGCAAGUGAACAUGCUGAUCAGCGGAGGUUCAAUUGUCAGCGCAGAGGCAGUAUGGGAUCAUGUGACCAUGGCCGACCGCGAGUUGGCGUUUAAGGCAGGGGACGUCAUCAAGGUCCUGGAUGCCUCCAACAAGGACUGGUGGUGGGGCCAAAUUGAUGAUGAGGAGGGAUGGUUCCCAGCCAGCUUUGUGCGGGUUGAACCCCACCCUCCUCAACCCCAAACAAAACAGGUUUUCUAUAUCAACCCUAUAGCAACUCCAAGGUUCCAAAAUACAACAGCAAAGCUGUGGGUGAACCAGGAGGAUCGUGCUGUUGAGCCAGCUGAGGGCACUAGUGAGGUCCAGAAUGGCCACCUUGACCCAGGCAACGACUGCCUCUGCCUGGGCCAGCCUCUGCAAAACAGGGACCAGAUGAGGGCCAACGUCAUCAAUGAGAUUAUGAGCACCGAACGCCAUUACAUCAAACACCUGAAGGACAUUUGUGAGGGUUACUUGAGACAAUGCAGAAAGAGGAUCGACAUGUUCAACGAUGACCAGCUGAAGGUCAUUUUUGGGAAUAUUGAGGACAUCUACAGAUUUCAGAUGGGAUUUGUUCGAGAUUUGGAAAAGCAGUACAACACAGAGGAGCCCCAUCUCAGUGAAAUAGGACCAUGCUUCCUGGAACAUCAAGACGGCUUCUGGAUCUACUCUGAAUACUGCAACAACCAUCUGGACGCAUGCAUGGAGCUGUCCAAGCUGAUGAAGGACGGACGUUACCAGCACUUCUUCGAGGCGUGCCGUCUCCUUCAGCAGAUGAUUGACAUUGCAAUCGAUGGCUUCCUGCUCACUCCUGUGCAGAAGAUUUGCAAAUACCCACUGCAGCUAGCUGAGCUUCUUAAAUACACAGCACAGGAGCACAGUGACUACCGCUAUGUGGCUGCAGCACUGGCUGUCAUGAGGAACGUCACCCAACAGAUCAACGAGCGCAAGAGAAGACUGGAGAACAUAGAUAAAAUCGCUCAGUGGCAGGCAUCUGUGCUGGACUGGGAGGGUGAUGACAUUUUGGAUAGAAGCUCAGAACUCAUCUACACAGGGGAAUUGUCCUGGAUCUACCAACCUUAUGGGAGGAGUCAGCAACGAGUAUUCUUCCUCUUCGACCACCAGUUGGUUUUGUGUAAAAAGGACCUCAUACGACGCGACAUCCUUUACUACAAAGGCCGCAUUGACAUGGACAGGUAUGAAGUGAGAGAUGCAAUCGAUGGACGGGAUGACGACUUUAACGUCAGCGUCAAGAAUGCAUUUAAACUGCACAACAAGGACACGGAGGAGAUCCACAUCUUCCUAGCCAAAAAACUAGAGGAGAAGAUUCGCUGGCUCAGGGCUUUUCACGAAGAGCGCAAGAUGGUGCAGGAGGAUGAAAAAAUAGGCUUUGAAAUUUCUGAAUAUCAGAAACGACAAGCAGCCAUGACAGUGCGUAAGGUGACCAAACAGAAAGGUGUGAGCCAAAACAGGUAUGUGCCCCCUUCAUCCCCGCCCCCCCAGGACCCCAUAGCCCAAGGACAGUAUGUACUCCCUGACGACUUGGCACAAUCAGAUUUAUUUGAGAUUCAUCAACCUAGACGGAGCCAGUCUCCAUUCAAAUGGCAAAAUUUUGGUAGGUUAGCAUUGUUAAAAAAGUAGCCAAAAUAAUGGACUUUCUCUCUGGAUGAUCCCAUUUCUGUUGUACUUUAGCUGAGUUUGUCAUGUUGCGGACAGACAAUAGCAAUGGACUUUGGACAUCCGGAGACAUUUCAGCAUCCAGUGACUGACAUCUAUUCAUCAGUUGUUUUUUUUUUUUUUUCCAGCAGUAAACUUUCUACCAUGGUUAGUGGCACAGUUAACAAAGUUUGUGUCAUUGACCAUUGCUUAAUGUCUUCUUCAGUAUAUAAAAUUGUAGGACUAUGAAGGAGUAGUUCAUCCAAAAUGCUAAAAUGGCUAACAAUAAAUGAAACUCAUGCAAGGCAAAUUGGCAUUAUCUAGCGUUCACAAUGCUAACUGGUCACUAGGUUUCUUUCAUUAUUAGCAACAUAAGCAUUUUGAGAAAAUAUUCUGUUUAGUGUAGUACCACAGAAAGAGUACUAUGCCUAAAAAGGUCCUUAAAGAUAUAGCAGGCUUUUACAAAUUCAGAGGGUUUUUUUAUCAUGGCUGAAAAUGCUCUAUAGUGAACUAUCAAAGUGGUGAGCACUGAAUGCCUGUUUUUCUGAAGUCUAGCUGGCACCACGUCUCAUUUUGGAAUGAUCAAAUGGUUCAGUCACACAGUAUUUGCUCUAUACUGCCUCGUCUCUAAGCGAGUUGAGGAUUUUUUUUGUGUGAGGGCAUACAGAUGUUCUUUUGAAGGUGCACCAUGCAGGUGGGUCGGGGGAAAUCAGCUUGACAUGACAAAAGACUGUACCAAAUCUUCUGAACAGGGUAUUCAUUUAUUUUCGGUGAUGGUGACUAUCCAUUUUUGAAUUUAUGGUUUGCCAAAAGGUUCCUUCUCAGAAUACUGUAGUUUGUGCCAAAGUCAUGUUAAGCAUAUACUGUAGGUGUGUCCAGAUGACCAAUUCCUGAUCUUAUUUGAAGCACUUUACUCAAUGUUCAGUUAUAAUGUCUUGGUAGCAUUGUCAGACCUAAAUUCACACAUCUGAAGAUAACUUGGAUAUACUUUUGAUAACUACGUAGUUCUGUAUUUGAUAAUAGGCAUUGUGGUGGAACAUUUAGAAAAAGGUUCUGAAUUUCAUACAGAGAGAAUAAAAUCAUCAGUACAGCUUGAGAAUAUGCUUUGUGCUGUAAGCCCAUCGUAAGAACAAACACUGAAGUUUUUUCUAUGUCCAUUGAGGUAUUGUUUAGAAGUAUAUUACUGAUAUUUUUGUCAAAGGGGUUUUAUUUUUGUUUGUAUUAUAUCGCCACACUCUAAUAAGCACAGCUAAAUCAUUCAUACGAUUUGUAUUUAAGAUUUUUUUUAUUGUUUGUCUAAUAGCUGCACUACAUUUUAUUUAUCACUCUUACUGAUAACAUAAAUAUUAAUAAAAAUUACAGUUUACUGUAAAUACUUGGAAAAAAUGUAUUACCCAUGAAUCAAAUCUGGUUGCAGUGUCAACCAUGUUAAAUGUAUAUCAAAGGUCUCUUUUUGCCAAGAAUACUUUGUGACUUGUGACUAUGACCAUGGACUGAAUCUGCCUGCUGAUGUGUUUAAUGGAUAGACUGAAAGCCAAAGGAUGGACGGUGAAUCCCUAGAAUAUUUAAAACUCUCUGCAGUGUUUGCAUCAAUUUGUUGGUGAUAAGAAAUGAACUGCAUUUUACACAGCACAAUGUAGAAAAUGUAAUCUCUUGAAGGAGACACAUUUUGUAUAAUAUGGACUUUUGAGCAUAGAUACCCAUAAAUAAAUGUGAUAAACUGAAAUAUCAAAAUAUAUAACCUUUUGAUGUUGAACAAUAAUGCACACAUUUCUGUUUCAUUUUGUCUUCAUUGUUUAGUAUUGAUAACUGAACUGACAUGGUUUGGGAUGCAAGCUGUGUGGCGAUUUAUUAAGAGUGCAAAACAAUCACUUAUAGUGUGUACUUGUAUGCGUUUUCCAGCCUAAUCGCUAUCUGCUGCAUCUGUAGCAUUCCUUGAUUAUCACAUGCAGUCAUUUUGACUGUACCUUGUAAAAGAACAGAAAACCUUUUGACACACUUGUAAUAGAAGCCCAUGGUAAGGAGCUGAACCUCAGUACAGGGAACUGAUUAUCUGUGGUAGUAGAUCGUAUAUGGCAGAUGCAGCAGAUAGAGAUUAGUUCAAAAAUGCUUAAGUAUUCUUUUAAUGACAUUCCAGUGGAAUUGUGUAGGGUGAAAGACAAGCUCAGGUCAAGCUUAGAAUGUGUUUACAUGUUCUGCCAGCUUUCAGUGCAUAAAACCAUCGUUGAACAGUGCCUUGCAGCAUUUGACUAGUGUUUAACGUUUGAGUUAAUAAAGCCUGCAUCAAGAUAAUUAUUUAUUUUCUAGUUGGCGGUCUGACCCUAACUGUCCUCACAAAUGCAAGAAUGUAUGCUUCCCAGCAGUAUAAUGUUGCGCUCAGCAUUUGCAUGAAUUUAACAAAAUGUAGAAUUAUACAGUGGAUGGUGAUUGUUAGGGAGACUCCAGUGCUACAGUAUGGCAGUGGUGGCUUCGGCUAAUUUUACAUGCAUCAGUGUUUCAGGGACUGUUUACUCCAGACUUUAACCUAAGCUCUGUCUGCUGCAUCUGUAGCAUAUGACCGAUUACCACAGACAGUCUUUUCCCUUAAAAAAAGAACUGAAGAGACUGACUCAGAACAUGCUUAUAAUAUACGGCAGGGGUGCCCAAACUUUUUGUCUUUGGGCACCAAAGUGUUAAUGCAUAUGCACAAGGAAGGUUGCACAAAAUUUUAGAGGAUCUCACAAAAAGUGGGGGGAUAUAUUAGAAGUGUGGCUCAAUACAAAUUGUAUUUGAUUUACUAAGGGUUGAGCAACCAGUGGUGUAUUUUCCUAUCCCCUCUUAGAACCAGUCAUAAAUUAGGGUCUCGAAAGGGAUGUUGUUCAGAGACAUUAUUUAACAAUAGCAGCAGCCAUAGUGGUAAGAUGGAUGCAUGAGCCCAGAACGUGUACUGAAAGAAUAUUUGCCAGUGGAAUAACUCUCCUUAAACUCUCAGAACCUGGAUGUAUGCAUAUGAUAAUAUUGCGAAAUCUGCAUGAUGUGGCUGCAAUGUGCAUGCACAGUCUAUACUAUAAUUUUAUAAACAAAAUGUUUUAGCCGUUAUAAAAUCAAUCCUUUUGAAUGUGUUAGUGGGAAAUAGCAUUUAUUAACAUGGGCAUCUCUUUGUCACUGAACAUUCAUAUUCUGCUUUGUCUCCAGCCUGUUUUUAAACCCUGCGCAUUAGCGAGCAGUAAGUGGGCAGGGCUAGGCGUAUUUUGCAUGAUAAGCUGCAGUCUAUUGUGGCUGCAUAUUACGUUUGCAUGAAGGCACAUUUUGCGCUGUGCCUGCACUCAUGUAUAUGUGUGUUUUGUUACUGAAAGUACUUAAAAAAUAAAAUUUUAAGAGAAAAAAUAAGUUAAAAAAUAAGUAUAAAAAUACAUGUUCUCUCAUUGGCUGAGAGAGUGGAGUGUUAGGCAACUUUUUUUUUUUAGGCCAAAUCAAACAUUCUUGUGGGCCACAUUUGAUCCAAGGGCCCCUAUUAUAAUGGGAUGGUGUCUUAGAGUCAAUGCUUCUUCUGUUCUUUUAUUAAGUAUAAGGAAAUGCAUCCUGCUAAUUAACCGUAAACUACAGAUGCAGCAGACAGAGGUUAGAUUGAAAAAUGCUGGAGUACUUCUUUAAUGAAGGACUGAGGAAAUGCUUUGGGCCAGCCAAAUAUGAUUUGUCCUCCUUUCUCUGGAUAUUUUUGCAGUUUUUUUUAGGUUCCAAAUUUGGUGACUAUAUUUUGUUUGUCAGUAAAAAUAGUUGAGUUUUAAUCAUGUGCUUCUGAAUAAUAAACAUCUAUCCAUUUGCAAACCUGCAGCUACAUGUUGUAUGUAAUGUAGAUAUCAAAAAUAAAGUAUCUGAAGUAUUUUAAGUAUGAGACAUUCUGUACAGGCAACCUAUAUGCUAGUGUUUAGAGUUAAAUAGGUGCAUGUUAAUGGCACUGAUUGGUCUGCAUGACGUACAGAUUUCUGUUGCUUCCAUCACUGUAUUAGUUUCUUUGACUUCUUUGAUUGUAGCAGCCAUUAAAAUGUCUUGCUUAGUCAGGCAACACCAGUGGAGUGACAUAACAAGUGCAAUGUUUCAGUUCAGUUUCCCGCUUUAAAACAUCCAUUCUGUCUUAAUUUUUCCAUGAAAAAAAGUGUUAACACUGUGCCACUGAUGAUGAUGGAUCUAAAAAUAAAUGCAAUGCUCCGUCAUGUGCCCCCAUGCAUAUUAUUAGAACACUUGCAAAUUAGAGGGAAAACAAGUUAUUUCAGUUUGCACUGUGAUAACAGCUGAAAGCCUAUGCUGCAUUCAUUAAAAAAAAGAAAUACUGAACACAUACAAUCUGCCAGGUUUCAUCCUGACAGUGAAAAUAUAGCAGUCAGUUUGAUUUCUUUGUCAAACCGAAAAUUGUAGACAGCAUCAAGAAAUAGAAUUAGCAUAGCUUUUCAGACUGGCUUGUUACAAUGCAGAUUGUGUGGAAUGAACAGAGGUGAAUGCAGGGUCAUGCUUCAAAGAUGACAGCACAUGAAAAGUAUGGGAAUAUAAUGCUGCGCUUUUUUUUGUUGCCAAAUAAAUACAUCCUUUGAACAGUUAUUUUGUACCCAUUUACAAAUGAACAUACUAACAAUUGAUCAUUUAUGAAUGUCUCCCUGUUUUUUCAGUGUUUUUGGUUUGACUACAAAGCAUAUUGUGUGAGGCCAUGAGUGUAUUCCUAUCAUUCACAGUGAUUUGCUUUGCUUUGGUGACUGAACUGUAAUUAUGUUUACAUGGAUGAAGAGAUUUCUGAUGUUACACUGCCAGGGUAUUAAAAAAAAGUUGUGUAAUACUUCCAAAUAGAGAGUGACACUGGACACAAUAAUAAAACAAGUGAUUAGUAGCAUCUUCCUAUUUUUUUGUAUUGAAACGUAAACAAUUUAUAAUUCUAUCCUUGUCUGCAAAAGAAGAGCAUUACAGAAUUUGUGUUAUGGCACAAAGGAGGGAUAUUUUUAUUUUAUGUACCCACUGUGAAAUCUGUCUUAGCAUAGUAAUUUUAUACUAGAUGAACAAAAAACACACCAAAGAAUUACUUUCAGAUUCAAGAGAAAUUCCACCAAGGUUUCAAAACAUAUGCAGAAUUAAAUGGGCAAUAUGUAAACAUAGGUUACAUUCACAUUACCAAGCUGAAUCCUAAAUCCGAUUUUUUGCCUUAAUGUGACACAAAUCUGAUUUUUUUUUCAGAGCUGCAUGAACAGACAAAUCUGAUCAUUAUGUCUCAGAUCUGGGCCACUCGUCCUAGAUUUGAUACAUAUCCGAUUUGUGGCAAUGGAACCUUAAAGGGCCUGUUUAUACCUUGUGUUUAGUGGAAAUAUGUCUGCAGAAUGCUGACUAUUGACUGAGAGGAUAAACAAUGAGAGGAAAUAUAGGGGAUACACAAGGCUGGAGUUCCCCAACUCUCGCACUCUCAGUCUCUGAAAGUGACCAAGGCAAGCUUGUUGAAUCGAAGAAGGAAACAAAACGGAAGCAAUAUAUGUGUUGAUAUGCUUUUGGAUCGUCUUGUCAAACUGGGGAGGCCUUUUAGUAAAAAGUGUAAAUGGAAUCCAGCCAGUAUAUCCAGUGAAAAACACUGCAUGCACUGCAUGCACCAUCAUUUAGUGUUAACGAGGCAGCAGUGCCAAACCUAAAGUUAGUUCCCGGGAAACAGUUCAAAAGCAUCUGCCCCUUUUUCACCUUUGGCUUAAAGUAAUAAUGAAGAGCAGAAAGCUAUUUAAAGCAAAUUGUCUUCAUGAUGAAGGCUUGUUCUGCUAGUUUGUUUGUUGUUAAUAACGCACAUCCAUUCACGUGACAUUAUUGAUUAUGAUAUGCGCAUGCAGGCCGUUUCAAGGCAAGUUUCGUUCACAUUAAUGACAGAUUUGUGUCACUUACCUACACCAAAGUGAACCAUCAAGUUAGUAAGAUCGGAACUGAGCAUUGAGACUUGAAUGUGAAUGUAGCCAAAGCCAAAGUCCGACACAUAAAACUACUGAGAAUUAUUCACAGUGAUAGGAACCAGAUAUCCAAAGCAUUUAAUGCCUUUAAAAGUUAUGAAUACAUUGAAUAAUGCCUGAGACAUUGUUUUAUGAUGAUAAUUAUUAUAAUCAUAGUAAUUUUUUGGAAGGGGGGGUCAGUGGGGAUUAACCAUUAUUUUACCAUUGUCAUAUAGGUUCACUAGUCAUUUUAGACUGCACGUAUAUUUGGCUGCAUUUGCAUUGUAGAGACCCUGGUUCCUAUCACCAUCACUGUGAAGAAAUCAGAGACGGUAAGUUUCUUUGAAAGAUUCUGUUUACUCCUCAAUGUCUGAAUUACGCAGAAAUUUUGAAAAAAUCAGUGGAAUUCCCAUUUACAUUUUAAUUUAUGUCCAGAAAUCUCAACUGGAUUAACGAAGUUCAUGUGGCAUUGAUGCUACUUAAGGGGCUGUUCCAUUGCAUUAGUGUAAAUGAUUGUCAGCACUUGGUACUUUAAGUCUAUUUUUGAUUGACAGACCAUUUUAAUCCACAUCUGUGAGAAUCGUUUUAGUCAGCAGAGCCUUUUUCUUUCCUUUGAUUCCACUUUGCAGGUUGGAUUAUUUGACCGUGAAUCUGAUACAAAAGUAUAACCUAAUCUUUUGACAGUGAAUUUAAGCAUUACUUUUCAUGCAAAUCCUUUCAUUGUAGUAAGAAGCACUGGGAAUGUGUUGUAUGUAAUAAAACUGAAUUCUGUAUAAUGACUGAUGUAAUUUGUUGCAAUUAAAAAACAGCUGUAUAUUAA